CGUCGGCCGCGGGGGACCGUUAAAUUUGAAACUCGGCGGCGCGCAAUGUGCGCGUGAGGUGGCCAGUUUGUGAGGGAGUUUGGUGGGUGCUUUCGUCUCGAAGCACCCCCUGAUUGCUUCGGUGGCUUUGAGGGCACGUUGCGCAGGGAAGCUAAGACUGUCGGCAGCCCUGAGGAAAAGGAAUGCAGGAUGGCAGAGGCGAAGAAGGAAGGAGUCGCUCUUAGUGAAGCUAUGUCCCUGGAGGGAGAUGAAUGGGAGCUGAGUAAAGAAAAUGUACAACCUUUAAGGCAGGGGCGGAUCAUGUCCACACUUCAGGGAGCUCUGGCACAACAGGAAUCUGCCUGUAGCAGCACUCUUCAGCAGCAGAAACGGGCAUUUGAAUCUGAAAUUCGAUUUUACGCUGGAAAUGACCUUCUGGACGUUUGGGAUAGGUAUAUUAACUGGACAGAGCAGAGCUAUCCUCAAGGUGGGAAGGAGAGUAACAUGUCAACAUUAUUAGAAAGAGCUAUAGAAGCACUGCAGGGAGAAAAACGUUAUUACAGUGAUCCUCGAUUUCUCAACCUCUGGCUCAAAUUGGGGCAUUUAUGCAAUGAGCCUUUGGAUAUGUAUAGUUAUUUACACAACCAAGGGAUUGGCGUUUCACUUGCUCAGUUCUAUAUCUCAUGGGCUGAAGAAUAUGAAGCUAGAGAAAACUUUAAGAAAGCAGAUAUGAUAUUUCAGGAAGGGAUUCAACGGAAGGCUGAGCCACUAGAAAGACUGCAGUCUCAGCACAGACAAUUCCAAGCCCGAGUGUCUCGACAAUCUCUCUUGGCACUUGAGAAAGAAGAAGAGGAGGAAGUUUUUGUACCUUCUGUGUCACAAAGAAGCACACUCGCGGAACUAAAGAGUAAAGGGAAAAAGACAGCAAGAGCUCCAAUCAGCCGUGUAGGAGGUGCACUCAAGGCUCCAAGCCAAAAUAGAGGACUUCAAAAUCCAGUUCCUCAGCAGAUGCAAAGCAAUUACAGAAUUACUGUCUUUGAUGAAAAUGCUGAUCUGGCUUCCAGAGCAGAGCAGUGUAAGCCUACAGUCCAGCCAUGGAUGGCUCCCCCAGUUCCCAGAGCCAAGGAGAACGAGCUGCAAGCAGGUCCUUGGAACAAGAGAGCCUUAGAUCCCAGGCCUCAUGGCAGCACAACUUCUGAGACAGCUGUACCCCCUGUGCUUCCCAGUUUUACUCCAUAUGUGGAAGAGACUGCACAACAGCCAGUUAUGACACCAUGUAAGAUUGAGCCCAGUAUAAACCAUGUUCUAAGCACCAGGAAGCCUGGAAAGGAAGAAGGGGAUCCCCUGCAAAGGGUUCAGAGUCAUCAACAAGAACCAGAAGAAAAGAAAGAUAAGGUGAUGUAUUGUAAGGAGAAGAUCUAUGCAGGAGUCGAGGAGUUUUCUUUUGAAGAAAUUCGGGCUGAAGCUUUCCGGAAAAAAUUGAAAGAACAAAGAGAAGCUGAGCUCUUGAGCAGUGAACAGAAGAUAGCAGAAAUGAAGAAACAGAUUGAAGAGAUGGAGAAGAAACUGAAAGAAAUCCAAAUUACUCAAGAAGAAAGAACAGGUGAUCAGCAAAAAGAAAGGGUGCCUGCAAAGGAAACAGCUGAACUGCAGAUUGCAUCUGAAUCUCAGAAAGUACCAGGAAUGGCUCCAUCUGGUUCUGUUUGUCCAGUGAGCUCUUGUCUUGGGGAAACUUCACCCACAGAUGACAUUUGGCAAGAGGAUUCUCACUCCAAAGGUUGCAGUGUACCUUUCUCCAUUUUUGAUGAGUUUCUUCUUUCAGAAAAGAAGAAUGAAAGUCCUGCAGAUAACCCACAAGUUCUAGCCCAACGAAGACCCCUUGCAGUUCUGAGAACUACAGAAAGCAUCACCUCAAAUGACAUCUCUCCAGAUGUUUGUGAUGAACUUACAGGAAUUGAGCCUUUGAGUGAGGAUGCCAUUAUCACAGGUUUCCGGAAUGUAACUAUUUGUCCUAACCCUGAAGACACUUGUGACUUCACUAGAGCAGCCCAUUUUGCAUCCACUCCUUUUCAUGAGAUAAUGUCUUUGAAGGAGCUCUCUUCUGAUCCCGAGAGGCUGUUGCAGGAGGAGGAUAUGGAUGCAAAGACCUCUGAGGAUCAACAAACUACAUGUGGCACUAUGUAUAGUCCAGCCCACAGCAUCAAGAAGCUAAGCCCAAUUAUUGAAGAUAGUCGUGAAGCUACACACUCUUCUGGCUUCUUCGGGUCUUCUGCCUCAGUUACAAGCACCUCCUCCAUCAAAAGUCUUCAGAUUCCUGAGAAACUGGAGCUCACCAAUGAGACCACAGAAAGCCCUGUUCAGUCACCCUGGUGUACACAGUAUCGUAGACAACUGCUGAAAUCCCUCCUAGAGUUAAGUGCUUCCGUAGACUUCUUUGUAGAAGAUAGACCAAUGCCUAAGUUGGAGGUGGAGAAGGAAAUUGAAUUAGGUAAUGAAGAUUAUUGUAUUAAACAAGAAUACCUAACAUGUGAAGAUUACAGGUUAUUCUGGGUGGCACCAAGAAACUCUUCAGAGUUAACCAUAAUAAAGGUGUCUUCUCAGCCUGUCCCAUGGGACUUUUAUAUCAACCUCAAGUUAAAGGAACGUUUAAAUGAAGAGUGUGAUAAGUUUUACAGCUGUUACCAGUACCAAGAUGGCUAUAUUGUUUGGCACCAAUAUAUAAACUGCUGCACCCUUCAGGAUCUUCUCCAACACAGUGAAUUUAUUACCCGAGAAAUAAUAGUAUUGAUUAUUCAUAACCUUUUGACAAUAGUGGAGAAGCUUCACAAAGCAGAAAUAGCCCAUGGAGAUUUGAGUCCAAGAAGCCUGAUUCUAAGAAACAAAAUCCACGAUCCAUAUGAGUGUAAUAAUAACAGUCAAGCUUUGAAGAUAGUGGACUUUUCCUACAGUGUUGACCUUAGGGUCCAGCCAGACGUUUUUACCCUCAGUGGCUUUCGGACAGUACAGAUCCUGGAAGGACAAAAGAUCCUGGCUAAGUGUUCUUCUCCCUACCAGGUAGACCUGUUUGGAAUAGCAGAUAUAACACAUUUAUUAUUGUUCAACGAGCACCUACAGGUCUUCUGGGAUGGGUCCCUCUGGAAACUUAGCCAAAAUACUUCUGAGCUAAAAGAUGGUGAAAUGUGGAAUAAAUUCUUUGUGCGGAUUUUGAAUGCCAGUGAUGAGUCCACGGUGUCUGUUCUGAGGGAGCUUGCAGCAGAAAUGAAUGGGGUCUUUGACCCCACAUUCCAAAGUCACCUGAACAAAGCCUUGUGGAAGGUAGGGAAGCUAAUUAGUCCUAGGGCUUCACUCUUUCAACAAGAUAAGCAAGCAAGUCUCUCACAGAUUCCUUCCUAGAACCAAUGGCUGCAUUGUAGAACCCUGAUCUGUAUAUGCUGUAAUUCAACUUAGGGCACAUAUAGACACACUACCAGCACUUGUCUACUUUGAGUAAAGAUGUAUUUCUGAGUAACUGGGUUUAAACAGUGGUAUACCUAUCCUCAGCCUUGUCUAACUGUAACAAAGAACUGUUCUGUUCUAAAUAGAUUCCAUAGGAUGGGUACUCUGUUGUCCUAACUCCUUUGUUCUUUAACCCUUUUGUCUACCCCCUGUACUUUUGUACUCUUAUGGUUAUUACUGUGUGUUUUGUAAAUAAUAAAAUAAUGUUUGUUAAACUUGUG